UGAGCUCCGCGGAGACGGACGAGUCCGGACACGCUCCUGUGCGCCGCCGCGUCGCGCGUUCCGCGCCCAGCUCUCCCGAGGGAGUAUAAAAAUAACUCCUGAGUGAAGGAAGGCGAGCGAAUGAAAAGUGACGGAAAGGCUGCGAAGGAAUCCGCCCGGACGAGUGCAAGUUGAAGUGACUUAGUCGGGCGCCGGGGAUGGUUUGUGCUCUACCUGUGCCUGGAGCUGUACCUGCGCCUCUACCUGCGCCUCUACCUGCGCCUCUGCUGGGAUGAGCAGCGCGGACGAGCUCGCGUCCGCGGCGGCGGCGGGAGACGCGGAGCGCGUCGCGCAGCUCCUGCAGGAUGGAGCUGCCGUGGAUGCGGUGAACCGCUUCGGGAGAACACCUCUCCAGGCAGGUGAUGAUGAUGGGGAGUACGGCAGUGGCGCGGUUGCUGCUCGACCACGGGGCGAACCCCGAGGUGCAGGACAGCACCGGGAGUUCACCUCUGCACGACGCUGCCAGAGAGGGCUUCCUGGAGACGGUACAGCUCCUGUGCUCCUUCCAGGCAAACCCUCACGUCCGGGACAUGUGGAAUCGGCGGCCCAUCGACCUGGCCACGGAAAAGGGGCACCGUGAAGUCAUGGCUUUUCUACAGUCCUUGUG